AUGGCUUACUCUGACUUCCGCCUUGAAAGCUCUGGAAGUUCUGAUGAAGGUGCCAAGAGCCAAGGGGAGGAAAGCCCAAGUCCCUGCCAGGCCCUGCCUUCCCCUGAGAGCUCUCACACAGAUCCUCUGACCAGGAAGGCGGGCAUUUUGGUGCAUUUUCUGCCGUACAAGUAUAAAAUGAAGGAGCCCAUUACCGACGCAGAAAUACUGAAGGUUAUCAACAAAAAGUACAAGGAGCAAUUCCCUGAGAUCCUCAAGAGAACCACUGAGCGCUUGGAGCUGGUCUUUGGCCUUGAACUGAAGGAAGUUGACCCCAGCAGUCACUCUUACACCUUUGUUAGCAAAGUGGGCCUUCCCACCGAAGGGCGUCUGAGCGACGGCGUGGGCUUCCCCAAGAACGGGCUCCUGAUGCCUCUCCUGGGUGUGAUCUUCAUGAAUGGCAACGGGGCCACUGAGGAGGAGACGUGGGAAUUCCUGAAUGUGUUGGGGGUCUAUGCUGGGAGGAGGCAUCUCAUCUUUGGGGAGCCCAGGAAGCUCAUCACCAAAGAUUUGGUGCAGGAAAAGCACCUGGAGUACCGCCAGGUGGCCGACAGUGAUGCUCCUUGCUACGAGUUCCUGUGGGGCCCAAGAGGCCACGCUGAAGCCAGCAAGAUGAAAGUCCUGGAGUUUUUGGCCAAAGUCAGCAAUACUGUGUACCCCAGUGCCUUCCAGGGCUGGUAUGAAGAGGCUUUGAGAGAUGAGGAAGAGCGAGCCCAGGCCAGAGUUGCAACCCAGGCUGCGACUGGUGCCCCGGCCAGUGCCUGCUCCAAGGCCACGUCCAGCAGCCCCCCUCAGCCCUAG